UACACUGUAACCACUAUCACGUUUCCAGCAGCCUCCGCAUCUAGAAGUUUCCUGCUAACGUGCUAACAAAUUGUCCACAUCCGCCGUAAACCAAUGGCAACCGAAAGCCGUUUCCCCGAUAGCUUCAUUGAUGAUGAUCCACAGAAAGCUCUGGAGGCGCUGAAUGAGGCCUUGCAAGGAGAUUCCGACAACGCUGAGUGGUUUUGUCAGCGUGCCUAUGCCCACAUUCUUCUCAAAAACUACAGCUUUGCCGCUGAUGAUGCUAAGAAGGCACAGCAUCUCCAACCCAGCCUUCCUCUGGCUUUCAUGCGAACAGGAAUCGCAGAGUACCACCUGAACCACUAUGAGUCAGCACAUGCAGCCUUCACUCAGGGACACCAAAUAGAUGGUGGAGAUGAAGAUGAAGAAGACAGAUGCCAUCAGAUGGGAGAAGCUGGAGGGAGAAGGACAGGAGUCCAACAUCAAACACUUCAAUCCAACUCUGUACCCGGCGUCGUCCCUCCACAGCUGCAAAUGGGACAAGGUGGUGGAGGACAUCAGCGAGGAGGAGAAGAACGAGAAGCUGGAGGGAGACGCUGCGCUCAACAAGCUCUUCCAGCAGAUCUACAGAGACGGCUCGGACGAGGUCAAGCGAGCCAUGAACAAGUCUUUCAUGGAGUCAGGCGGUACGGUCCUGAGCACCAACUGGAAAGACGUGGGCAAGAGAAAAGUGGACGUGAACCCACCGGACGACGUGGAGUUGAAGAAGUACUGAGCACCUCCCUGUCUCUCUCUCUCUCUCCUCCACACCAGUCUCUCCCCCCUUCCUCUCUCUCUCUCUCUCUCUCUCUCUGUUUGACCUCACUGUUCUCUACUUUCGUUCACGCUGCUCUGCAGUCUCCAUGGCCGUCCACUUCCUCCUCCUCCUCUUCUUCCUGGCCCCUCAGUUGUGUCACUCCUCUGGUGUUUUCACUGCACCUAAGUGCAGGGAGCCACGGUGAUUCCAUGAUCAGCACACCAAACCACACCUGCUCUCUGCGAUAGCUCACCGCCAGAUGGGGGUCUGAUCAUUCGAAUACUCUGUUGAACAGAUUGAUUUACAGUAUCUGAUUUUUUUUUUUUUUUUUUUCAAGGCCAGUGGACUCGAUGGGGAACUGAGGUCUGGAUAAAAUGUGACUGACAGACCUGAAACGCUCCAAAUCAGCUUUCAAACUCUGAAAUCUGUUUUUUCAAACAUUCUUCUUCUUCUUCUCUCCUCUGUCUCUCCUGGUUUUCUGAAAAUGCCAACAGCCUUUCUAUAUUGGGAAGCCUUUUAUGACUCUUUCUCAGCACUUGUAUACAAAUGUAAAAAUGUUAACAAUAAGAAAGAGAUUGAGAUGUUUCAAUGAUAACUAUGAACGCAUCUUUUGGCUUAUUUUCAUUAGGAAUUCAGCAAUACUCUGCAAAACUGACUUGUCUGGAAUCUGUGUGACAUGUCCGCCAGUGGCUUGGCAGCAGUCCUCUCUUUAGUGUGAUUCAAGCUUCAGUGUAAAUAAAAAGAUUUGUCGUUUGG